CCUCUCCAGCCAAGACAACUCAGAAUCUUUCAAAAUGAACUUUCAAGCUAAAUACGUUGACAAUUUCAGUACAAAUUGGACUUUAUAUAAUGAGAAGUACAGAAAAGGGAUACUGACACGGUGUAAUUAUGGAAAGGAUCGGGAUAUCGACGAAUUUGACCCAAAGUCUUAUUAUGGAUUCAGCUCUUCGGAUUUUGACUCUAGUGAAGACGGAUGUGGGUAUGAGGAAGGCAAGCGAGGGCCACAUGCGAUUGGAUCAAAGUCUUUAAAAAUGAAAGUCAGAGAGCUUUUAAGGGAUAAUUAUGAUGAAAGCGAUAGUGAUGAGCACAAGAGGUGGGAGAAACAGAAGAGGUAUAAUAAGAAGAGACAUAAAUAAAUAUAAAAAGAUGUGUCAAGAGUUUCCUUCCCAGUUCCAUAAGAUGGAUAUUUGAGUGAUAAUCACCAUUUGUUCAUACCUUGGGGAACCUCAAAAUAUUUUACACUUCUUGAGCUCUGAGAAAUGAUUAAGCAAAUUUAGAAACAACUAUCAUAUUUGGAAGCAGUGAUUUGAAGCAUGGUACUGCUAUAAAGCACAGGAUAGGACAAAUUCUAGGCUUAAUCUUUGCAAAUUUGAAAGCUCUUUUAGAGAAAAUCCUCUCUCAGAAGGAGCCUUUACCUUUAAAGGACUCAUUUGGAAUCACUUUGAACUAAUGAAGUCAUUUUGAUGGAAGGAAAUCCCGAUACAACCUCAAGCUUCAAGAAUAGGCAAUGAUUAUUCACAUGAUAGAAUCUCUGGGGUUCAUUGUUACAAUAAAAUAUUGUUGGAUUACUCCCAGCAAAAGCUCCAAGUGAAAUUAAUAUUUGUUCCAGAAGAUUCUUAUUUCUUGCUAGUGCUAUCUGAAAAUAAGCUUCAAGUGUAUAAAAUGAACACAGGAAAAGAGAAAGAGUUAGAGUUAUGUUAUUCCACUGAAUCAUUAAACUUUUUGCAAUGCCGUUUAAGCCACACCAGCCCAGAAUACCUGAUAAUUAUGAAGGAUCAGCAUAUUGAAAGAAUCAACUUGUUAGAAAUCAGCAGUAUGUCUGACCACGAAGGGUCUCAACAUAUUUGCUCUGUUAGCGAGUUAGAAGGAGAAGAGAGUCUUAAGAAUUUUGUGAUAUGUAACCAAACUGAGUUAAUGCUACAAACUUCAGAAAAUUUGAAGAUUUUUGAUAUAAAUUCUGAAAAGAUAGUGUUUAGUGCCAAAAUGUCAUAUCCAGAGAAGAAGUCAUCAUUAGGGAAGAUCAAGGCUAUCGAUCAUGAAAGUAUCCUAAUACUUAAUCCCGAAAAUGAAGUCUGCAUGGUAGAUACCAGAGAAGGCAGGAUCAGAUCAAUCACCGACGAUAAGAUUUCAUCUUUUGACAUCAAUGGAAAUGAUAUCUAUUGAUUAUCACAAAGAAAGAUAUGCUUCUAUAACUUAGACUUGAGGAUGGCCGAUUCAGAAAUUGAGAUAAAUGGAGAACUAAAUCUAAAAUUCUACGAUAGAGAUCCCUAUGAAUAUAUAAAGGCAGAUAGGCACAGAAUUGGGCUGAUGAGUCAAAAUUCUCUGAUAUUUUCAAACCAUGGGGAAAUUAACCAAACAAUGGGGAAAGAAGUUGUUAAUUACUCACGAAGACCAACUAAUUCAUUAGAUUUUGACCUGAAGUGCAAGAAAUAUCCCUCAGACCCCUUACAGCUUUGUGAUUUUGAUUAUUUCGACAGGUUUUACUGAACAGCAACUAGGAAUGUGAUCCAGACCCCUGAGACACCAAAUUAUGUUGAGCUUUUUGAAGUUAAGCCGGUUAAUUCUUAUCUUAUAUAA